AUGCUUCUUAAUCAAGUAUACAGUAAAAUCAAUGAGCCUAUUCCAUCAUCACCGUUUUUGCAGCAAAACGAAGUCAAAAUUACCGAUAUAUUAAAUGACAUUGUUACUUCUUAUCUUAAAGGUCAAGAAAAAGUAUGGAAAAGUAACCCAAGACUAUAUAAUAAUAGGAAACCGUAUGAGAUGAUGAUUCGUAACGUUUUCACUAGAAAAAGCAUAUUAAUGAGUUUCGAUGUGGAGGCAUGGGAGAAAGAUACUAAUAUUGUUACUGAAAUUGGAGUGGCUAUAUACGAUCCUAAACUAGGUGGUGGUAUGGGAUUUGGAAUUGUCCCCACAAUAUUUCAAAUUCAUACACGCAUUCGAGAGUCUUUAGAACUAAAGAAUGGGGAAUAUGUUCCCGAUCAUGUUGACAAUUUCAACGGAGGGGUUACCUUAGUUUUAGGUCAAGAUGAAACUGGUAUUUUUUUGCAAUCUUUGAUUGACUUCUUUUUUGGAACUGACCAGCCGCAAAAAGAAAUGCAAUAUAUAUCUAGAAGUUAUUUAGUGGGCCAUGGUUUAAAGGGGGAUAUCAAAUGGUUAACUAUGCUUGGUGUCAAGCUACCUGAGAAUAUUUUGACAAUUGAUACACUGGAACUAAUGAAAGUGACCCAUGGACAAAGCCCUGUUGGAUUAGCACGAGCUCUUAAUUACUUGGAUAUUCCCCAUAAUUUUCUCCAUAAUGCUGGGAACGAUGCCUAUUAUACACUACUAUUGGCUUUGAAACUAUGUGAUCCGUAUGUACGGAUGAAAAUGAAUUUAGAUGUUUGUUUGGUGAAGGAAAUGACAGAAGAAGAGAAGAGACAGAAUAAACGAAUGAAAGAGAAGAAAAAACUAGAGAGACAGCGAGCAAGAUUGGAAGAAGAGGCAAACUCUUUAACAGGUAUAGACAUUUUGGCAUUAUUUAUGGAUGAAUCAACUAUUGAAGAAAAGCGAAAAUUGGAAAGCGAAAAAAUGGCAGCACGAGAAGCCGAAAUAAGAGAAAGGAUGAGGUUGAAAUCAGAGAAGUUGAAAAAGAAGAUAGCAACUUGUAAUGAUGCUGAGUUGAAAGAACUUAGGACUGCCACACAGGCUAUACAGUUUGUGUUUGAUAAAGAAGCUUUGCAGGAAAUAGAUGCUAAUGAGUCAGACGUAGCAUAA